GUAGUAGAAAAUACUGGGAUUUGUACUCCUACAGUCUUUAGCGGAGAGAUGGCGUCUCCUUUAAUCGAAGAAAACUCAAGCCCUGUGGAUUAUAUUGAGGGUCAUCCAGAACUGUUUAGACACAUCUAUCCCUGACCAUUCAGGUCAUGUGGACUAUGUGUUCGAUGAAAUGUCUAAUGGAGUUUUCACCAACGAAGUGGCAGAAACUUCUCCCGCCUCUAUCGUUGUAGCUGAUUUGAACCAUAUUCAGUCGCCUAAGGAGUUCGACAAAUGUUUUCAUAGUUACUGCCCCAUUGUAGUCGCAAAGGUGCAACCCGAUACUCCAUUCAAAAUGCUUGAUGAACAAGCAUCAGAUCCUAAACACAGUGAAGUCCAACUGCUCGAUGAAGGUUCCCCAAAAGAUAUGUCAAAGAGGUAUGUUACUGCUAAGUCUUUGGAUCGUGGCUUGAGUAAGCAGAAAAUUGAAUUUGAGACCUUUGACGACAAGUCUCUUGCUGAGUUUCUCGUGGAGCCUAAGACAAUUGAGAAGCUAUAUCUUAAUGAUUUUUUUAUGGAGAGCGAGGAUAGCAGUCCACGAAGUAACUUGCCUUCGGAUGGAUUGCUUGUUGUGGAGCAUGGAAAGUUUAGUGAUGAAUUCAGUGCUCGCAAUAUUUUGUGUCAAUUUUUAUUUAAUCAUGGUGAUAUUGCCGCUAUUCAUGGAACUGCAACAUAUCUUUGUAUAUGGGAUCCGGGUAUAAGUUUCAAGUUUAAGGCUCUCAUAGGUACAGUGAACACGAAGCCACCAUUAUUGUUGGGCUCUACUGGUACUUUUGGCUUCAUUGUUUAUGCUAACUCCGUCACUCAAGUGUGGGAUCCCGGACAACAAAGGUGCAUGCAUUCUCCAAUUUGCUAUUUGUCUUUGCAUUGACAGCAGUCACCUCUUUGAAUUUUAAUUCUCGGGACACUUUUGCUAAGUGGGCAAUUGCAUACAAGAUGGUAGUGAUGGAAUUAAAAGUGGAUGAUACAUGCGCUGAGGUGAACCGUGUGUUUGAGGACAGUUCCCAAAGAGUUUCAUCGAGAGAGAUACAAUCAAUUGCACCUCUGGAUAUUAUAUGUCUUCCCAAAUUAUUUCGAUUCCUGCAACAACUACUAGCACAACUAAUUUUUGUUCUCCAAGCUCCAAAGAGUAAGGUAAGGUAUGCAGCAAUAAGAGGUGAUGUCUGUUCACAAAAGAAAAUAGUUGAGCAUGCUAUAUCUGCUUAUUUAGCAUGUCUACAAGGUUGCAUCAAGACUAUGGUAGACUCGAUUGAGCAGGAGUUGUGUAAUUUCUCUACGCUUGAGGAGAUCAUGGUUUUCUUUGGCGCUCAAGGUGUACCAGCUAGUUAUGCUAUAUAGAUUGAAAGUGAGCUUGAAUUUUUGAAAGGUGCUUCAAUUGUUGAUGCUUAUGUUGUUCACAAGUCAAUGCUCGAGAAGAGUAAAUGUAAUUCUAUCUUGAGUAGUUGGGGGAAGUUUAUAACUACUACGAGACUUAUGUGCUAUCUUGCCCAUUUCGGUGGCCAUAGACUUGUUGAAGAGCGCACUGUAGCACAACAGAUUCAGCUUGCAGAGCUUAGAAAAACAUCCGGUGCAACCAUGAGACGACCUCUCUUCGCAAGCUCUCAAGCCCUUCUUGCUAUAAUUCUUCAACAGAAACAUCAUUAUCUCUCCCUUCUCUGUGAAACACCUAUGGAGGUAAACGAAAAGUGUAGAUUGAGGGAUCCUGAAUCAUUUUCCUAUCUCCAACAAUCUUAUUGCUAUGAAAUAGUAGCAUGUAUUACUUCUGCUCAUGAUUCUGUUAAUAUAAAAGAGGUAUUGAAAAUUGCUUGGCUUGGCAAAAGAGAGCAGAUGAAAUUGUUUAGAGUUGUUGCUUUUGUUAUGAUUCUUGCUCUCUACACACACUUGAGUCUUGGAAGAUUCAACAUUAUAUUGUCCGUGUGGCUCUACUCGAACCUUGAGGACAAGG